GUUUGAAUGUUUCCAGAUCUGUCGAUGAAGACAAGCAGUGGGCGGGAGAGGCUGGUGGUGGGCGGGUGGAUGGUGGUGGCUAUGAUGUUGAUGUGGAGUUACAGUGGUACUCUCAUCUCCCUCCUGGCGGUGCGUCACGUGCCUCAGCCCCUACAAUCUAUCAGGGACGUUGUCGACGACUCGGCCGUCACCGUCAUCACGAAACCCGACACCAUCUUCACAGACAUCAUAUCAAAAAUUAAAUCCGGUGAUCUGAAGGACCUGAAUGACCUGAAGUACGUAGGCCGUGUGCUGUACCAGCUGGCCAAGGACAACGACCAGUCCAUGAACACACUCGUGCGUCACCAGCGUCACGUCAUCAUCGGCCCCACCCUCUCGGCCGACCUCCUCAUCGCUAACCUCUUCGCCAAAACAGGAAAGUGUGACUUCUACAAGGCCCGUCAGACAUUUUUCACCACCCACCACUGCAUGAUCGGCCAGAAAGGGAACCCGAUCGUACCAGCCAUGAGCCACAGGUUACGAGGACUGGUGGAGUCUGGGGUGUACGAACACUGGCUGUUUAAUAGUAUUCCCUUCAUGACCAGCUGUCGCCUUUCACCCUCCAAGAUCACAGUCAAGGAGGCUCUCACACUCAAGAGCCUCUGGGGUACACUGGUGCUACUGGCAGCUGGUCUUCUUCUCGCCUUCGCCUCCUUCUGCCUUGAACUCUUUCUCGCCAACGACGUUUUUGUGUAAUUUUCAUCAAAAGUGCCUAGUGAGCGAGAGGUCAUGAACGGUACCUUGGAAAACAGUAGCUAAUGAACCGAGCCUCGCGAACGGUGGCUGGUGAACAGCGUGCAAUGUCAAAUGUAUUCAUUAAACUGGUAUUGAUUG